ACAGGCCAGAAAUCGGUGGGGAUGACUUUCCCCGAACUCGGAUUGAUCUAUUUGAAGGUUAAAUUGCAAAAUCGCUAACAUGAAUCUUUAAUCGUACGAUUUGCCGUCCGAUCCAUAACCUAAAAAUUGAUAGUUCUGCUCUGACAGUUUUAUUCCAUUCAUAUAUUGUUACGAUCGAGAUAUUCGUCCGCCCCUGAUUUUGAUUUCUGAUAGUCGCUCAGUUCACAUUACUCGAUGGUAACAUGGCUGAAAGUUUAUAUACAUGCGCAUAAUUAUGUAUAAAGAUUGACAGAAGCACUUUCUGGUCGUUGCCGUAUGGAUUUAGUUAUACACGUAUUUUAAUAUUUUGUUCGUCGAUAUUCCUAAUACUCGCGAAAAUGAUACACAGCCUUUUCAUUAUAAAUUCCUCGGGAGAUGUUUUCAUGGAAAAACAUUGGAAGAGUGCGGUGGCACGGUCUCUUUGUGAUUAUUUUUUUGACCAACAACGAAGAGUCCUAUCACCAGAAGACACGCCACCAGUGAUAGCAACACCUCAUCAUUAUCUUAUUAGUAUAUAUCGUUGCAAUAUGUUCUUCGUGGCAGUAUGUAUGACAGAAGUUCCUCCAUUGUUUGUCAUUGAAUUCUUGCAUAGGGUAGUAGAUACCUUUGAAGAUUACUUUAAUGAGUGCACAGAAACAAUAAUAAAAGAGAAUUAUGUGGUUGUAUAUGAAUUGUUGGAUGAAAUGUUGGACAAUGGUUUUCCUUUGGCAACAGAAUCCAAUAUAUUGAAAGAAUUGAUCAAGCCACCCAACAUCUUGCGUACCAUAGCAAAUACUGUUACAGGCAAGUCCAAUGUUAGUGCAAUUUUACCAAGUGGCCAACUGUCUAAUGUCCCUUGGAGACGAACUGGAGUGAAAUAUACCAAUAAUGAGGCUUACUUCGACGUUGUUGAGGAAGUAGAUGCUAUUAUUGAUCGAACUGGAGCAACUGUAUUUGCAGAAAUUCAAGGCUAUAUCGACUGUUGCAUAAAAUUAAGUGGCAUGCCAGAUCUCACGCUUUCAUUUAUGAAUCCAAGAUUGUUCGACGACGUUAGCUUUCAUCCUUGUGUUAGAUUUAAGAGAUGGGAGUCUGAAAGAAUACUUUCUUUCAUCCCUCCGGAUGGUAACUUCCGCCUUCUUUCGUAUCAUAUAGGAUCACAAAGUAUCGUAGCAAUUCCAAUAUAUAUAAGACAUAAUAUUAGCCUGAAAGAACCAGGAGGUGGCAGAUUGGAUAUAACUGUUGGACCAAAACAAACUAUAGGCAGGACUGUUGAAAAUGUGACUCUUGAAAUCCCCAUGCCAAAGAUAGUCCUGAAUUGUACUUUAACUCCGAACCAAGGAAAAUAUUCAUUUGAUCCUGUCAGUAAAGUGUUGUUGUGGGAUAUUGGAAGAAUUGAUGUUUCCAAGCUACCGAAUCUCAGAGGAUCGAUUACAAUACAAAAUUCGACAACUGCUUCUGAGUCAAAUCCUGCAAUUAAUGUACACUUUACGAUUAAUCAGUUAGCGGUAUCCGGAUUAAAGGUAAACCGAUUAGACAUGUACGGUGAAAAGUAUAAACCAUUUAAAGGUGUCAAAUACAUCACUAAGGCUGGAAAAUUUCAAAUAAGAAUGUAAAUAAUGAUAUUACAAAGAUUCCAUGAAAAAGAAAAUAUGAUCCUUUCAUAUCGAAUAUAUAUAUAUAUAUAUAUGCUCUAACAUAAGUUACGUAAGUUAUAUGAGCAAAUUAAUAAAAAAAAUAAAUUUA